CUCGUGCGGGCCUGCGUUUCUGAGCCAGCGGCUUGCAACCUAAGAUAAAACCCCAUAGCCACCUGAAGAGAAAAAUCAGGUAACUUCGAGAAACUAAGGAGCCUGCUGCAUCUUCUUCAUCGUUUUCCUUCGGCAGAUUCUGAAAACUAAUCAUGGCGGGAGGUAAUUUCAUGCACAGAGUUAUAUCUUAUGUCGUCAAUGAACUUGUCGUUGAUAGACUUGCAAACAUUCCGGCAUUCCAAAGAUUUGCUGUGAGGACGUCAAAGAAGAUAGAGGAUAUCUCCAGUAUGGCUGCAAAGAAGAGGGAAGAACUUGCUGAACAAAUGAAGGAAAUCUCGAAAAACAUGGAGUCUAAAAACUGAUGACGUGGUUUGUACGGCAUCGCACAUUGUUUGGGCAUCUGCCCUCUCGCAGUUUUGAUAAUCUCUGCCUCAAAAUUCUGCAUGUAGGAAAAUUCGUCGUUUUGAAUAUGCAAGAAUGCAUAUAAUAUAUAUUCAGUUAUAUUGACAUGCUGGUACUAGCAUUAUCUAUAUCGAGUUGAGACUUUAGAUCAUGACAUUUGAUUUCGAUUAUUACUUUGUUGGCAUAAACUUUGACAGACGUUCUUUCCAGGGCAUAGUAGGUGAAAUAAAAGGGUUAAAGAUGCGAGACUUGUGGUUUAAGAAAAGAGUGUAAAGGUCUCUUGCAGAGGACUGGAGAUGUUUGUUAAUGAUUUUUGCCCCCUUAUAAUA